GGCGGGAUCAUGAAAAGGAAAAGGGGUAUUUUAGUAAACAAACCCCCUGUCUCUCUCAUUGCCCCUCUGUAGUUUUUUCCCGCUGCCGAAAACUCGUACGAUUCCUAGGUUUCUUUGAGAACUGUCUGCAAUUUCUGUGAAUCAACUUUGCUCUCUCUCUCGCUCUCUCUGUCUCUCUACAGUUUCUUCCCCUUAGUGAAAUCUCGUACAAUUCCAAGGUUUUUUUUUCCAGAACACUCUGCAAUUCUUAAGGGCAGUGGUUCUGAGAGGGUACUCGAGCUCGUCAAAGGAAUAAAUUAUUGAUCAAGUUAUUAAGUUUUCUCUUGUAUAAUUAUUUGCUAAUCUCCAAAUAUGGAAGAAGCAGAGGCACCUCGGAGUCUUUCCGAGGAUAUGGAAGCCUCAGUUGUAGAAGAAGAGAUCAAUGAAGGCAUUAAUGAUGAAUCCGCCAACGAAGAAUCUAUUAAUGAAGACGAGGUCAAUGACGAAGACGUUGAAGAAGAGGAAGAUGAAUGCUUUGCUUUAUUCGAAGGGGAUAUGGAUCCUCUAGGGUUUGCUGAUGCCAAUGAAUCAGUAAUCGAGACAUUUGAGAAGUUUGAGAGGCUUGAGUAUGAAGCCUUGGCUGAGCGCAAGCGCAAGGGAAUCACUGAUAGUAGCGGUGAGUCUAGUAAGAGGCCUAGACAAGAGAACCUAUUUGGUGCAAAUAUUGAAGAAAUUGAGGAAGUGAUGCGUUAUGGUUCAGGCCGGAAAUCCUCUGAACCUAAGAAGAGGGGACGGAAGAAGGGCUCAAAGAAAAAACUUAGCCCAGAAGUGACGAGGAAAAUUAUGGAUGCUAAUAUCCAUUAUACAUUUGGCCGCUACGAUGAGGCAGUAAGUUUGUUGACUGAAAUUGUGCGGCUUGCUCCUAGUGUGGCAGAUUCUUACAUUACUCUUGGUAUCAUUUACAACGACCGCGGGGAUAAGAAAAGAGCAAAAAACUUCUACAGUCUUGCUGCGUAUUUAACUCCCAAGAAUCCCAAGCUAUGGGAAUGCCUCAUAACUCUGUCCAAGGAACUUGGAGACAUGGUGCAGGUGAAUUAUUGUUUUAGUAGAGCAAUAAAGGCAAAUCCGGAAGAUUUGAGCCUUGCAUUUCUUCUUGCUUCACAUUAUAGUGAACUUGGGGAUUAUCCAAAAGCAGCAGAAUCAUAUGAUCGAAUACUAAAGCUCUGUCCUGGAAAUGUCGAGGCAUGCAAAUUGGCUGCAGAGAUGUAUCACAGUUGUGGCCAGGUUGAAAGGGCUAUCAGUAUUCUGGAAAACUUUAUUAAAGAGCAUCCGGAAGAUGCUGAUUUGACUGUAGUUAGAUCGGUAGCAGCUCUGAAUAUGGAAAACAAGGACUACUUGAAAGCACUUAAACAUAUUGAGGCUGCAAAGGUGGUUUACUGCUCUGGCAAGGUUUUGCCAUGUGAUUUAAUUGUCAAGGCUGGAAUUUGUGAAGCAUACCUCGGACACAUGGAAAAAGCAGAGGAGCAUUUUGGGAUUCUGCAAAAGGAGCGUGUUAAAGAUCUUUCUGAGUUGACACUCGAAGUUGCUGAAUCUUUAGCUAAUAUUGGACAUCAUGAUAUUGCACUGAACUAUUUCAUGAUGUUGGAAGGGACUGCUGGCUGUGGCAAUGAGUCUUUCUUUCUAAAGGUUGCACAGAGUUAUUCAGCCUUGAAGGACACUGAAAAUGCUAUUCAGUUCUUCUACAAAGCUAUAAAUGCUUCAAAUAAUAAUAUUGAUGCUCGUUUAACUUUAACAUCUCUUCUUCUCGAAAAGAACAAAGAGGAUGAAGCCCUGAAGUUACUUAGCCCUCCUGAAAUUAUGGAUUCAAAUAAUACACACGAUUCUGUCAAAUCUGAACCUUGGUGGCUCAGUGGGAAGAUAAAAAAGCAGCUUGCUUAUAUGUAUCAUAGAAAAGGAAUGCUUGUGGAGUUUCUUAAUACAAUCUUUCCUCUGAUUGAAGAAACAUUGUCUAUUGAGGUCAACAAGAUUAAGAAGGUUCGGCCAAGGAGAAAGCUCACUCAGAAAGAUCUUCUUAAGAGGAUCGAGGUGUUAAAAGAUUGUGAUGGUGAUAAUUUGAUUCGUGGGGCUAGGCUUCCCAUUCCUCAGAAAGAAGUGAUCAAGGCAAAUAGGGCAAAAAAGUUGCUUCCAAAGCGGGCAAUGGAGGAGGAAGAAGCGAAGGCUGCAGCAUUGGCUGCAGGAAUGAUGUGGAAGAGUGAUGAUUCAGAUAUUGAACCUCUGGAGACAACAAAAGAACCCCCACUACCUGGACUGCUUAAGGAUGAAGAGCAUUAUCAGCUUCUUUUAAAUGUAUGUAAAGCACUUUCUUCUUUGCAACGUGAUUGGGAUGCAUUUACAACCAUAAGUAGCACUUUGAACUUAGUUGAUAGCACUUUUCCUAAUGAAAAGAAAGAGGAGCUUCAGUCAUUACGUGCUAAAGUUGCUUAUAAUACAAGUGAUCCAAAUUAUGGAUGCAUCUGUGCGAAAGAAAUUGUUCGACGACGUCCUCACAGCAUAGCUGCCUGGAAUUGGUUUUAUAAAGUCCUAUCAAGAUUUAUGGAACAUCGAAAGGAGAUUCUUCUGUUACAUGCUCAAAAGGUGCAAUCUCCCUUUGUGAAUUCGGACUCAAUAAAGAGGUAGUAGAUGCACACAGAGUAGGGGUAACUUUGUGAUUGCAUAUGUUCAUAUUCUGCAAUUCUUUAUAUUUGAGAGAUAUUUUAAGCACUUCCUGAGAUAUACGGUAUUCUGCAUAUUCGAUUUACAGUUUGAAACCCAGUAAGUCUACUUGGGGCUUGCCUGAGUUGACUCACAUUGGCAACCUGGCAAGUCUUUGGCUCGGUUCCCUCCCGAAUCAACUCACCUAAGGACCAGGAUGAGGACCCAAGCAGAGACCAUGGUUUUACUCAUUGAUUUACAUCCAUAUCUGGCCUUGCAUAGUUGUUCUCUGGCUGCUAUUCUUAUCCGGAAAGGGCUUGAGAGAGCUGGCCUGUGCACUGUUCAAUUGAGAAGCCGUAAAUUUGGCUCAUUUUCCAGUUGUAAAUAGAAUGUUAUCUUAAGGUAGUAAUUGUAGGAUCAUGAGGAAGUGGGUCAAUACAUAGUGUCGGGUAGGUGUAUUGGAGUGCAUCUUGGUUUAAUCUGUAUCUUAGCUCCUUUACUGAAGUGUGUUCUUUCGAUAUUUUCAAGGAUUAGAUUUCUACACUUUCUGGUUUUAUCCUGUAUUCAGACAUAGUGAGAUUGACAUUGCUACUAGUUGUACAAGCUCAAUAUCAACAGUUUCGAUGCUGGGUAUGGAGCUGUGGUGAUCUCGGGAUGGUCAGAGAUUUUAUUUCUUUGUGACUGUACUAACAUAUAUUAUCCUGUAAUCAGAAGUAAUCCUACGAUCAAUUAUUGCCAUUGGCCAAAGAGAACAAAAUCAGAAAACAGCCAUCAUCCAACAACACAUACAUGAUUUAGUAUGAAAAACAAAAAUUAGUAAAAUAAUACAUCCAUAACUUCAAUCAUGCAUCAGCUGAAUAGUUGAGGUCCUCUGGUUAAUCCAUAUCACACCAGGUUCGGCAUACAGUGUUUGCAAGAAUGUCCACCCAUCUGUUUCUCUCUGAAUGUACAUCCCUGCUUGCUAAUGAAUCCUAUUCAGUUCCCUAAACUUGAGGCCUAAAGGCCUGCAAUGUUAAGCCACCUGUUUCCAUAGGGACCAUAGUGAAUUCUAGCUGUUGGAUAUGACAUUGAAAUAGGAUAUGUGAUACAGUAAUGAACAUACAAUACUUGAUUCGAUCAAUAACUACUUUAUCUCAGCUUCAAAACACAUUACCGAACUGUAGAAAUGGGAAUAUGCUGCUGAGUGGAAGUAUGUGGUUAAAUCCUAGAUAGAGAUAAAUUUAAAGUUUUUAGGGUUAACUGGGUUACUUUCGUACACUCUAGAGAACAAAAUUCAGUUUAUGCAUAUUAGAUCAUGCAAAAAGACAUUAUGCAUAAACGACUGUUUUUUGUAUUGUUUUAUUUUGAGUUUUCAAGAAAACAUCUUCCGAUAUGUUUGUUUCAUGCGAGUAUCAGAUAUUUGGCAAAGACUCGAGAAAAAUCCAACAUGACAUGUUUCCAAAUAAAUCCAGGGUCUCACAAUGCACAUGCAUUUCUAAGUAUCAGUUAAUAUUGCUGAAAUUAGGGUCUUGGAGAUAUUAUGACCUCUACAAGAUUUUACCCUAUUUGAUCUUGUAUUUAAAGCUAAAAAAAAAAGAAAAUUUAAAAUAAGAGUUUUCAAGAUCUUAGAUUUGAAAAUCAGAUUAAUUGAUCUUAGUGAGACCUGGUAUUAAAUUCAUGAGUUGAAAGAAAAAUUACAAGCUUGCAUCAUCAUCAUCAUCAUCAUCAUCAUUUGAGCCGUAUCCUUACUAUUUGGGGUCGGCUACACGAAUCAUGUUCCACUAUUUUUCUCUAUCUUGGGCCAUACCCUUAGAUCAUAAGUUACCAUAUCGUUUUUCACUACUUCCAUCUAUGUAUUUUGGGGCUUUCCUUGCCCUUUUGGAGCUUUUCAUUUGAAUCAAAUCACCCCUCCUGACUGGUGCUAUUCUUGGUCAACGCUGCAAAUGACUAGACAACCUAAGUCUACUUACCCUCAUUUUGUCGCCUAUUGGAGCUUCCCCUAAGUUUUCUCAAAUGUAUUCAUUCUAAAUUCUAUCCUUAUGUUGCCACUCAUCCAUUUCAAUAACCUUAUCUCAGCUGCACUCGUUAUAUGGAUAUACUAUUUCGUAACCACCCAACGCUUUGCCUAUAAAUUAUGGCUGGUCUCAUAGCCGUCCUAUAGAACUUCACCUUCAGUUUCAUUGGUGAUGCGAUGAUCGCAUAAGAUUCCAAAAGUACAUCUCCACUUCGUCCACCCAGCUCAAAUUUUAUGAGCAAUAUCUUCUACAAUCUCUCCUUUCUUAUGGAUUAUCAACCCAAAGUAAUGAAAAUGAUCUCUUUUAGGUAUUUCUUGGCCACUAAGUAGUCAUAUUAUUAUAAUUUUAAGAUUUCAUGUUAUGUUUGAUGGUGUUAGGUUACGAUUAAAGGGCCUAAAAACACCUUUUAAUGCAAUAAAGUGAAUGAGAAGCACAGAGAAAAACUCAUCCUUGCUUUCAAGGAAAUCAAGAUGCACAAACUCAAUCAAGUCUUAUCACUAACGUGAUGGACUUCAUGUAAUAUUGGGGUUUCUUCAGAACUCAACUUGACUCAGCUCAACCUUGAAUCAUGUCAAUUCUCUAAGUUUUAAGCAGUGUUUUAAAAUACAGCUGCAUCAUGUGGGAUGCGCUCGCAUCCGCAUCCGCAUCGCGCAUUGGCGCAUAUGCGCUUUUGACAUAUGCGGCCGCAUCAGGCCGCAUCAUGGCCGCAUCUCGCAUCGCACCGCAUCAGACCGUAUAGCGCCGCAUCUGUUUCUGAGGAAAAAAUUUUCGAUUUUGCCCCUCGGGGAGGGGCAAAAUGGUCUUAUUGUAGUUCCAAAGUUUAGGGAAACUGUUUGGGGGGUUACUAUACCCCCUAAACGAAGAUUUCCAGCCACUUUUGUGGCUUUUUUUGCAUCAAAUCGAAGGAAAAAAAAAUUUCGCGAAUUUUUCUUUCAUCCAAAUGUUUGAUUUGGCGGUGGUUUGAUACUUGGAUGUUCAUUUGAUGCAUUUGAUUGUUGAUUUGGGGAUGUUAAGGUGAAUUUGUCAUAAGAA